GUCUCGGCAAGAGAGAAUGUGUCCCCGCCACCACGCACCAGAAGUACAGUCUCUCCACAUUGAAUUAUGAAGACAUAACGAACACGAACUAAGGGAGAUAUUCCACAUGUUUUCACCGAAAGAUUUACUGGUUCAUUUGCUUGUUGUCAAGCUUUGCCUGUCGCGCUGAAAAACUGUCAUUGUCAAGAAGAAGAAAACUCCGGGAAAGAGGCGAAAUAAGAGCGAAUUUAAAGGGUAGAGAGGAGUAGUAGACGGAUUAUUUCUCUCAUUCGGCUGUCAUUCUGGAUGUAACUCGCGACUAAUAACAACUGGACAGACCGUGUUCUAAGACUGAGAGCAAACAUGAUGAUAAGGCUGUGAAUAUCCUGCAUCUGAGAACUCAGACCGACUGAGUCACACAGGACCCUGUGAGCCAGCACCACUGAGGUCUGCCAAAGCAUGCUGGUGCCAAGCUGUCCCAUGAUGCACAUAGCCAGACCCGGCCUGCUCCUCCUGGGUCUGCUCGUCCUCCUCGCCAACGCUGAAACACCACCAAAGUUUUUAAGAACCCCUAAUGACCAAACGGGUGUGCAAGGAGGGGUGGCGUCCUUCAUCUGCCAAGCCUCCGGAGACCCGCGCCCUAAGAUCGUUUGGAACAAGAAGGGGAAGAAAGUCAGCAACCAGAGAUUUGAGGUAGUGAUAGAGUUUGACGACGGCUCUGGUUCGGUGCUAAGAAUUCAGCCCUUGCGUACGCCCCGAGAUGAAGCCAUAUACGAAUGUGUCGCCUCCAACAGUGUUGGAGAGACGAGUGCCACCACCAAACUGUCUGUUUUACGUGAGGACCAGCUUCCCCCUGGUUUCCCCACCAUAGACAUGGGCCCCCAGUUGAAAGUGGUUGAGCGAACUCGCACAGCCACCAUGCUCUGUGCCGCCAGCGGCAACCCUGACCCGGACAUCUCCUGGUUCAAGGACUUCCUCCCUGUCAAUACGACCAACAACAACGGACGCAUCAAACAGCUCAGAUCAGGGGCCCUCCAGAUCGAGCAGAGCGAGGAGUCCGACCAGGGGAAGUACGAAUGCGUGGCCACCAACAACGACGGAACCCGCUACUCCGCUCCGGCCAAUCUAUACGUCAGAGUGCGCCGCGUGCCGCCGCGUUUCUCCAUCCCCCCGACGGACAACGAGAUCAUGCCGGGCGGGAGCGUGAACAUCACCUGCGUGGCCGUGGGCUCGCCCAUGCCCUACGUCAAGUGGAUGCUGGGAGCCGAAGACCUGACGCCCGAGGACGACAUGCCCAUCGGGCGGAACGUCCUGGAGCUCACUGAUGUCCGCCAGUCUGCCAACUACACCUGCGUGGCCAUGUCCACCCUGGGGGUCAUCGAGGCGGUGGCACAGAUCACGGUCAAAGCCUUGCCCAAGCCUCCCGGUAUUCCCGUGGUGACGGAGCGGACGGCCACCAGCAUCACGCUGACCUGGGACUCGGGAAACCCCGAGACGGUCUCCUACUACGUCAUCCAGCACAAGUCCAAGUACUCGGACGACACGUACAAGGAGAUUGACGGCGUGGCCACCACCCGCUACAGCGUGGGCGGACUCAGCCCCUACUCCGACUACGAGUUCCGGGUGUUGGCGGUGAACAACAUCGGCCGCGGGCCUCCCAGCGAGGGCAUCGAGGCCAAGACGGCGGAGCAGGCGCCCAGCACGGCCCCCAGGCAGGUCAGGGGUCGGAUGCUCAGCGCCACCACGGCGGUCAUCCACUGGGACGAACCGGAGGAGCCCAACGGGCAGAUCAUGGGCUACCGGGUUUACUAUACCCUGGAUUCCAACCAGCCUGUGAACCUGUGGGAGAAGCAGAUUGUCCGGGGGUCCAAUUUCCUCACCAUCCAGGGCCUCAUCCCCAACAAGACUUACUACAUCAAGGUCCUGGCCUACACAUCGGUGGGAGAUGGACCUCUCUCGGCAGACCUGCAGAUCAUUGCCAAAACAGGAGUUCCAUCCCAGCCAACAGACUUCAAAGGAGAAGCAAAAUCAGAAACAAGUAUAUUGCUUUCAUGGGUAGCCCCCGCUCAAACAGGACAAGACAAUCCCAUCACAGGAUAUGAACUUCUGUAUAAAAAGGGCGAUGACAAAGAGGAGAAACGCAUCAGCUUUGAGCCUACCUCCACGUACCUUCUGAAGGACCUGAAGCCCUUCACGACCUACACGUUCCAGCUAGCCGCGCGUAGUAAGCACGGUGUCGGAGCCUACACUAAUGAGAUCUCAGCUGAAACUCCUCAAACACAACCCUCCGCCCCACCUCAGGACGUCAGGUGCUUUAGCCCCAGCUCCACCAAUAUUCUGGUAAGUUGGCGGCCACCCCCUACGGAGUUACAAAACGGGAUCAUUACCAAAUACGCCGUCCAGUACACUGCAAUUGAAGGGGAUGACACCACCACCCGCCAAAUAUCCGACAUUCCGUCUCAAAACUCCCAAUACCUCUUGGAAAACCUGGAAAAAUGGACAGAAUACCGUGUGACAGUCAGUGCUCACACGGACGUUGGAGCCGGACCGGAAAGUUUACCCCAAGUUGUCCGCACCGAGGAGGAUGUUCCCAGUGGCCCACCUCGUAAAGUCGAGGUGGAGGCUAUCAACUCCUCAUCAAUUAAAGUGAUCUGGCGCUCACCGAUGCCCACCAAACAACACGGGCAGAUCCGAGGGUACCAGGUGCACUAUGUCAAGAUGCUUAAUGGGGAGCCUACAGGACAGCCAGUCAUCAAGGACAUCUUGAUCGACGAUGCACAGUGGGAAUAUGAUGAUUCAACUGAACAUGAAAUGGUCAUCACUGAGCUGCAGGCUGAAUCCACGUACUCUGUUGCCGUGGCAGCCUACACGACAAAAGGAGAUGGGGCUCGCAGCAAGCCCAAGCUGAUCUCUACCACUGGCGCAGUUCCUGAAAAACCCCGGCUCAUGGUCAGCACCACCAACAUGGGCACAGCCCUGCUGCAAUGGCAUCCCCCGGCAUUGACCUUCGGCCCCCUCCAGGGCUACCGCCUCCGCUUCGGACGCAAGGACGUGGACCCUCUGACCGUCAUCGAAUUCCCUGAGCGUGAGAACCAUUACACGACGAGGGAGAUCCACAAGGGGGCGUCUUACACCUUCCGCCUGUCCGCCCGCAACAAGGUGGGGUUCGGUGAGGAGACGGUCAAAGAGAUUACCACCACCGAGGACGUCCCCAGUGGUUACCCGCAAAGCAUCACCAGCGAGGGGGCCACCACCACGACCAUUCAAGUCAGCUGGAAGCCCCUGUUGCUGGCAGAGCGUAAUGGCCUUAUAGUGAAAUAUGCUCUCCAGUACAAGGACAUCAACAGCCCAAGGAGUCCCUCAGAGCUCUUCAUCAUCGCCCCGGAGUCCACCGUUAUCUUGGACGGCCUUAAGGCGGACACCACUUACGAUAUCAAAAUGUGCGCCUUCACCAGCAAAGGCUUCGGCCCCUAUAGCCCAAGUGUCCAGUUCAGGACACAGCCUUUGGAUCAAGCAGUGUUUGCAAAAAACUUCCACGUGAAAGUUGCCAUGAAGACAUCGGUGUUGCUCACAUGGGAGAUCCCGGACAAUUACAACCCUGCUCAGCCCUUCACAAUCCUCUAUGACAACGGCCAGAGUGUGGAGGUGGACGGAAAGCUCACCUUGAAGCUGAUCACCGGCCUGCAGCCCGAGACGCAGUACUCCUUCCUGCUGACCAACCGAGGCAACAGUGCCGGAGGGCUGCAACACCGGGUGUCCACCAUGACCGCCCCCGACAUCCUCCGCACCAAGCCCUACCCCAUCGGCAAGACCAACUCUGACGGGAUGGUGACCGUCGAGCUGCCGUCGGUGCAAACCUCGGAGAAAGUGAAGGGCUACUACCUGAUAGUGGUGCCACUGAAGAAGCAGCGCACGGGCAAGUUUCUCAAACCCUGGGACAACCCUGACAAGAUGAACCUAGAGGAGCUGCUGAAAGAGAUUAACAGGACAAGCCGAGGUCUUCGAUUCCGCCGGCAAACCGACCCAAAGGCCUACAUCGCCGCAUACUUUAAAGACCUUCCCACAGAGUUUACCCUGGGAGACACCAAGAUCUAUGGUGACUUUGAAAACAAGCAGCUCCUGAACGGACAGGAGUACAUCUUCUUUGUGCUUGCCAUCCUCGAGAUGUCUGAAAAUACAAUGUAUGCCACCAGCCCCUACUCUGAUCCUGUUGUGUCAGCUGACAUCGACCCUCAGCCAAUUAUUGAUGAGGAGGAGGGUCUUAUCUGGGUGGUGGGCCCUGUGCUUGCGGUGGUCUUCAUCAUCUGCAUCGUCAUUGCCAUCCUCCUGUACAAGAGCAGCAAACCGGACAGGAAAAGAGCAGAGUCCGAAGCCAGGAAAGGAAGUCUGCCCAACAACAAGGAGAUGCCGCCCCACAACCUCACAGACCCUGUGGAACUGCGACGCCUCAACUUCCAGACGCCCGGUCCAGGUGCGCCUGGUUACCCCAGUAACCUCCAUUCGUCAAGCAUGACCAGCCACCCACCUAUCCCCAUCAUGGACCUUGCAGAUCACCUGGAGCGGCUGAAAGCAAAUGACAACCUCAAGUUCUCCCAGGAAUACGAGUCAAUAGACCCUGGACAGCAGUUUACAUGGGAACACUCAAACCUGGAAGUCAACAAACCAAAGAACCGCUAUGCUAAUGUGAUAGCAUACGACCAUUCGAGAGUCUUGUUAUCUGCAAUCGAUGGUAUCCCUGGGAGUGAUUACAUCAACUCCAACUACAUCGACGGCUACAGGAAACAGAAUGCUUACAUCGCCACGCAGGGGUCCUUGCCCGAGACGUUUGGAGACUUCUGGAGGAUGAUCUGGGAGCAGAGGAGCGCUAACAUCGUCAUGAUGACCAAGCUGGAGGAGAGGUCUAGGGUGAAAUGUGACCAGUACUGGCCCACGAGAGGAACGGAAACCUAUGGUCUCAUCCAGGUGACGUUGUUGGACACCGUGGAGCUAGCGACGUACUGCGUCAGAACGUUCGCACUAUAUAAAAAUGGCUCCAGUGAGAAGAGGGAGGUGAGGCAGUUCCAGUUCACUGCGUGGCCGGACCACGGGGUGCCGGAGCACCCUACCCCGUUCCUGGCCUUCCUCAGACGGGUGAAAGCCUGCAACCCGCCGGACGCGGGGCCUAUGGUGGUGCACUGCAGCGCCGGCGUGGGCCGCACGGGCUGCUUCAUCGUGAUCGACGCCAUGCUGGAGCGCAUCAAGCACGAGAAGACGGCCGACAUCUACGGCCACGUGACGCUGAUGCGCUCGCAGCGCAACUACAUGGUGCAGACGGAGGACCAGUACGUCUUCAUCCACGACGCCCUCCAGGAGGCGGUGACCUGCGGCACCACCGAGGUGCCCGCCCGGAACCUCUUCGCCUACAUCCAGAAGCUGACGCAGGUCGAGGGCGGGGAGAACGUCACGGGCAUGGAGCUGGAGUUCAAGCGCCUAGCCAACACUAAAGCCCACACGUCGCGAUUCAUCAGUGCCAAUCUCCCCUGCAACAAGUUCAAGAACCGCCUUGUCAACAUUAUGCCAUACGAGUCGACGCGGGUGUGUCUCCAGCCCAUCCGAGGUGUGGAAGGCUCAGACUACAUCAACGCCAGCUUCAUCGAUGGAUACAGGCAACAGAAAGCCUACAUCGCCACACAAGGGCCCCUGGCCGAGACCACAGAGGACUUCUGGAGGAUGCUCUGGGAACACAACUCCACCAUCGUGGUCAUGCUGACCAAGCUCCGAGAGAUGGGCAGGGAAAAGUGCCACCAGUACUGGCCAGCAGAGAGGUCGGCCAGAUACCAGUACUUUGUGGUGGACCCCAUGGCUGAGUACAACAUGCCCCAGUACAUCCUGAGGGAGUUCAAAGUGACUGAUGCCAGAGACGGACAGUCAAGGACGGUGAGGCAAUUUCAGUUUACAGACUGGCCUGAGCAAGGAGUGCCAAAAUCGGGAGAGGGCUUCAUUGAUUUCAUCGGCCAAGUGCAUAAAACGAAAGAGCAGUUUGGCCAAGAUGGGCCUAUUUCAGUCCAUUGUAGUGCGGGUGUGGGUAGAACCGGAGUUUUCAUCACCCUCAGCAUUGUCUUGGAAAGGAUGAGGUACGAGGGUGUGGUGGACAUCUUCCAGACGGUGAAAAUGCUCCGGACACAAAGGCCGGCCAUGGUGCAGACAGAGGAUCAAUACCAGUUCUGUUACAGAGCUGGUUUGGAAUACCUGGGAAGCUUUGAUCACUAUGCAACGUAGAAGUCCCUUGACAGAAGGAAAAGCAGAGAGCCCUUUGGCAGUAUGAACCCCAGCGAGCCUCUCUACUGAGCCAUAAUUUCCUGCUUGAGAAAGUACUUCUAAACUCCUAGCUAACGACUCAUUUAAGUGUUGGAUGUGAGACACGAAAUGUUAAAAAAAAAUAUUUACGAUGAUUCCAGGAGGACCAAUUAUUUCCCAAACCCAUAGACCUCACCCUGGGACAGAGGGUGACAAAGUGAUCCAGACUGUUGAAGCAUCCAAUGGGAUUAUUUUUUUUCUGUUGCUUCAAGGAUUCACCAUGGUUCACAAAAACUAAAAGACACAAAGAAACAACUGAAAAGAUGACAAACAAUAAGAGAAUUGACAAGUAAUGCAUCAAUGAUUACGAACCCUUACGAGAGGCAUUGGAGGCACACAGAAUGGCUAUAAACUUGAUGCACAUUGUAAAGAGAUAUUUCUGUUCCACAAUCAACUACACACAGACACCCCAUCAAAAAGAAGACACCAGUGCUUGGUCCACUAUGAAAACAGGACAAAACUAAAGUAGUAACGAUUAAAAACCCCGUUUCCUGUCACAAUGUCCAUCAUUUAACAAUAAUGGGGGAGGGUAUUGUUAAAAGAUAUAUGAAACAGAUUAAGCUUAUUGAUUUAGUUUUUUAGUACUUUAUUAUACGGCUAAUAUGUGCUUCUUUUUGAAACGUGUGAAUGUAUUCUUUUCUUUCUUUCUUUCUUUUUCUUUCUUUUUUUUUUUUUUUACAAAUGCAUCACUUGAUGAAAUGAUACAAAGUAAUUGGGUACUGUUUUUUAGUUUUGUUUAAAGCUUAGAACUGUUAUCAUGCAGAGAGAUUUUGCUCCCAAUGAUUCUUGCUCUUUUUGGUUUGUUUCUUGCACACUGUGCAGUCCUGUAUUCAAACUGCAAACCUUUUGGACUUUGUUACAGGGUUUAUGUUCUUUUUGAUUAUUUUUAUUUUUGUCCAUGAUCACAUACAUAACUUCUCUUAAGUUCAACCAUGGAAAAAACUGGGGCUUUGUGGAAUCAACAGGGAUGCGCAAAGUAUGAAGUUGCUGCUACCGAUUAUCUUAGUUCUUCCAUGUUAGAAUGAUGAUAAUGAGAUGAGACCCUGAUGAAUUAGCUAUACAUGAUUAUGUUUGAUACAAUAGAAGAUUAGAUAUAAAGUAUAUAUAAAUGAAAGUACUAAUAUAACAUAUAUUAUAAAUGUAUUGGUAUAAAGUACAUAAUUAAUGAUUAUAUAUGAAUGGAUGGUACAUGAAAGCUUCCACGUUGAGAUUUCUGUGCUAUGGGGGAAAUGAAGAGAUUUUUCACUGGAAUGCACAUCAGUAGGACAAAAUCGUAUUCUGAGAUGGUGCAUCUUUUUUCUUGUGCAAUAAAUAGGUGUAUUAUAGAUAGGGUUCAUGUGGAUACCUUGUUAAGUCAUGACAGUGUUGUUCUCUGAGUGAGGUGUUGAAGUGGGAAUGUCAAGUGUCACUCAAAACAUCAACAGUGCAUAUAGAUACACUCAUACAGCCUAUAGUUUCAUACAGCAGGUCGCUUAAGCAUUGUUCCAUACAAUAGGGCAAGGUACAAAGACAUCACUUUUUUGAGGUUUUGAAACACUUAACAUGUUAUCAUUUUGCAUUUAGAGUGCCUUAUAUUUAUGCCUGUUUUUGUAAUAUUCAUUUAACAUAAUGUUUUCUUUUGAGUAGGCCAUGAAUAUAGUAUUACUGUAUUUAAUUAAUUAAUAAUAAUUAAGCAUUCAUUUGUGACAUUAUGAGAUUAUAUAUGCAAAUCCUUACAUUGCAAUGCUCCUCUUUUCAUUUUAUGUGGCCUUAUUGUGGCUGAGGUAAAAAAAAAACAAACGUCCAUGUAAUUCACGACCUUCACACAAAUUCAAUAGCAUAGCAUGAAACAAUUUCUAUGUUAGAGAUUAAUUGCCAUCCCUUCCAUAGGACUCUUCCUGUGUAUACAUGUCAAAGACACAGACAUGUAGAGAUAUAAAAAAAAACUGCUCUCAACAAUUCUUUUAAAUCCCAAAACUAAAUGUGUACAUGAUACAAAACUACAAAGAUGCAGCAUAAUGCAUUAGACACACAAUUAUUAACCAACACACUUUGAGAUCUGUGAUACUCUCCUGGCCACUCCAAAGUAAUUGGUGCGGCCACUAUUGAUAUAGAAACCCUAACAGUUAAGUGCAGUUUUCAGUGUAGGAUCUAACCACCCAGAGUCUAUAUUUCGGACACCUAUUUACCCUGGCUCUUUCAGCUUUGUGGAUGUGCAUUCCAGGAGCUUUCUUUCCCUUGUUAUUUCAAGCAGCUAAAUCUUAGUUUCGUCCUUUUUUUGUGUUAAUUGCUUAUUAACCUUUUUUGUACUCCUUUUUCAUAACAUUAAGGUAUAAAGUGCUAUUAUUUAAUCUCAUUGUGGUAAACGCCACUUUUGUAUUUAGUUCAGCAGUCUGUGUUCAUUAACUGACUUCACAAUAUUUGUUUUCCCAUUUUAAUCUCUUUUUUUCACAUGCAUGGAGAAACAUUGCAGAGUGGCCACAGUCGGCCUAGUAGGAAGAUUUGCACUUUCUAUAUCUUUGUACUAUGCACUGCCCUAUUGAUUCUAAACCCAAUAAUAUAUUACUUGAACCCAUCUGUAAGAAUUUCCUUAAUUGUUCACUUUGUGUGUAUGUAAAUAACACAAAAAGGUAUCAACUUUAAAAAGACAAAAAAAAGUUUUUGCAAAAAAGAGCAUCCAUUCUGGUGCCAUGGUUACUCAAACAGACGAGUUCUGAAAUCUGUCCCAACCAUCUGUUAUCGUGGCUUCGCCAUUCAAGCUUGGAGUGUCAUUACAGAAAUAAACGUGUUCUCUGCUCUCUAUCUAUCUCUUGUCUGGAUGCAUAGACUGAAAUUAAUUAAUGAAAUUGUAAAAAAAAAAAGGCUUGUUAAAAGAAAUCAUACAAUUACCUCUGAUUAGUUGUAAGCGUAAACUGUUUUUUUUCUGAAUGAAAGGGGUGCUUUUUAUUUUCUUACUUAGGUUACAUUGGUGGCGAAAGAAGUCUGUAUGAAAAUCAGUUCUUUGCUGACACAAGUUCCAUUUGUUAUAAAUGAAUUCUAUUAAAAAAUGUCAGUGUUAUGCA